AUGGCUAAAGAAGUCGGUAUGAGGGUAGCUGAAGAAGUCGGUAUAGGUGGUAUGAGGGUAGCUGAAGAAGUUGGUAGAGGCGGUAUGAGCGUGACUAAAGACGUCGGUAGAGGUGGUGUGAGGGUAACCGAAGAAGUUGGUAUAGGUGGUAUGAGGGUAGUUGAAGAAGUCGGUAGAGGUGGUAUGAGGGUAGUUGAAGGAGUUGGUAGAGGCGGUAUGAGGAUGACUGAAGAGGUCGUUAGAAGUGGUCUUGGGAUGACUGAACAAGUCGUUAAAAGUGGUCUUGGGAUAACUGAAGAAGUCGCUAGAGGUGGCAUGAGGAUGACUGAAGAAGUCGUUAAAGCUUUUGCGAAACGCAUCGGAGGUCGGAAAAACUUAGCUGGUGGGAGUGAAGACGAAGCUUUAAAGGGCCCGAAGUAG